CUUACCAGUCAACAUUUCAUCUAAGACUGUCAGUGCCAGAGAUCCAGUGUGCAUUCAGAAUCUUGUUGCCUUUCUAGAAAGAAGAAGAGUCCAAGACUUUUACAGAGAGCUUCUGUGUUUCAAAAAACAGGAAACUGGGAUUCGGAAGCAUGUCUCUGGACGUAAAAGAGAAAACACAAGUGCGUUUGGUGUUCAUGGGUGCUGCCGGUGUGGGAAAAACAGCUCUUAUUAGACGCUUCCUUCAAGACACCUUUGAGCCCAAACAUCGACGCACGGUGGAGGAGCUUCACCUCAAAGAGUACGAGGUGGCCGGGGUGAAAGUCACCAUCCACAUCAUGGACACAAGCGGCAGUUAUUCCUUCCCGGCCAUGCGUAAGCUCUCCAUCCAAAACGGCGACGCUUUCGCCCUGGUCUAUUCGGUGGAUGACCCUGAAUCGCUUGAAGCCGUCAAGAGCCUGCGUGAGGAAAUCCUGGAGGUCAAGGAGGAUAAGUUCACGCCCAUCGUGGUGGUGGGCAACAAGAAAGACCGGCUGCAGGAGCGAAGGGUGUCUGCGGAUGACGUCCUGGCCACGGUGGAGCUGGACUGGAACAACUGUUUCCUGGAGGCCUCGGCCAAAGAAAACGACAACGUGAUGGAGGUGUUCAGAGAGCUGCUCCAGCAAGCCAACGUCCCGAGCUGUCUGAGCCCGGCUCUGCGCCACCGCAGGGAGACAUUUCCCAAGGACACGGGUGUACGGCCGCCCAUGAACAAAACCAACAGCUGCUCGGUCUCUUAAUGUCGGCAAGAAGAUGCCAGCAGAGGAAGGCUUGAGUUGAGUCGUUUCUCAACGCUCACGUUGAGGCAAAAGAAGAUGUGAGUGGCUUUUUGAAGCCACGGAUUGAUGGGUUUGUUUCAUAGCAACUCCUGCAAUCCUGCUCUGAAAUCAGCAUCAUCUUCUUUCCCAGCGACGAAAGGAAACCGUUUACUGAGAAGAGGGAAAAGGAUUGAGCUUGCCGUUGCAGAAUGUGUUUUGACAGUGGUGUUGAGUUCCUGAAGUUCAGUUGUGUGAUCUGUGUGUAAAGAGUUACUGCGAGAUUUAAUCACGUGUUCACCUAAACAUUCUGACUAAUGUGAUUAUUGUAAUAUUGUAGCAUUAAUGUUCAUUCACAGAAUGAAAGACACGUUCAUUGGUCAAGUCAUUGUGAGUAUUAAAGCCAUUGUGUUUAUUGUUGGACCGUAAGAAUGCGUUCAUGCACUUUUAUGUCAAAAACAUGCAAUUAAUAUGUUGCACUGAUUUUUUUUUUGAUUUUUUUGGUAUGUUGAUCAACAAAAAGUUCUGACAGCAGAUUCACAGAAGAGUUUGUGUCGUAUAGCCACGAUAUACAUGUAUAACAUACAAAACAUUUGCAUUAAAUUAAUCUGGUCAUUCUCGCAACUAAAUUCACGAGGUGCAUCGUGGGAUGUUUUUUCAACAUUAUUAGACUUCCUAUGUGUGUUGGAUGUGUUUUCUCCACUAUGCAGACCAAUGUAUGCUUUUUAAAAUACAUUUAUUGUACUUUUCAUACACAGGCACAAUGUAUGUUUGUUUAAUAAAUGUGCUUAAACGUUAAAGCUGAAGUAAUUAUGAGCAGUUUUUUAAAGUGAUAAAACAAAUUCACUCACUUUUUAAGAAAGUUAACCAUGGCUUUAUUAUAAUAAAACAUGUAUUUAUAGGGAUACUUCACCCAAAAAUGAAAAUUCUGUCAUCAUUUACUCACCUUCAAAUUUCUUUGUUCUGAUGAACACAGAGAAAGAUAUUUGGAAGAAAUAUGGAAGAAAGGUGAAGUAAAUGAUGACAGAAUUUUCAUUUUUGGGUGAAAUAUCCCUUUAUCAUGAUUGCAUUUGGCAGAUUGAUUACAUUUGUAUUAUCUUGUGGUAUAAAUACAAUUGUUAAACUGUGGUUUUGUGGUGAUACCAUGCAAUAUUUCUGUUUA